ACGAGUCUAACCUAAUUAAUAUAAUUCAAUUUAUUAUAAUUUAUGAAUUAAAUCUGCUACAAAUAUACUAAUAAAGAUGUCAUUAACUUUUCAACAAAUAAUAUUGGAUGCUAAAAAGUUAGUAAUCAAAAUAUCGGAACAUGAAGAUAUAGCGGAUAAUUUGAUAAGCGAAAUAGAGUCAGUUUGUAUUCAAAUUGCCAAUAUGAAGCAGUAUCAAGAAGAGGUAGAUAUUUUGAACACUCAAGCAAAACACAAGCCACAUAUACAAUUAAUCGCAGGAAUACACGGAGAAAUUAAACAUUUGCAAGAAUUACAAGCUGAAAAUAAGGAAUUGAAAAAGGCAUUAGAGGAUCAUCAUCAUGCUCUUGAAUUAAUUAUGUCUAAAUACAGGCAACACACAGCAUCUUUACUGCGUCUUUGUAAAACAGAUCUUCCUUCAUUACACAAUGCAACAUAUGCUAAUUUACAGAUAAUUAUCAACCAAGCGGAAAAAAUUAAUGAAAUGGCAGCAGUAAUGAAAACUGCAGUUGCUGUAGAUGAAAAAAAUGAGAUGAAAGAAAAAGAAAUGUACAGUAGUCUAAAGGAAGAAAAUACUACAUUACGAGAAAUAGUUAAUAUUGCAAAUAAGUAUUGUUCCUUAAACAAGGACACAAAGGUAGAAAGUAAAACUGUACAAACGGAUCCAAUAGUAUAUUAAAAAAAAAUUGUAAUUUAUAUUUC